AUGAUGGUAAUUACGCUAUGCAAUGAUAUCAGCAAUUUGUAUGACGAUGUUAUGGACGAUAUGGUCGAAUUCAAAACACUUGCCAAUAAUGCAUGGCAUGAAAUGACUGUAAUUAUGCAGUUGACCAGCGGUGCCAGUAAGAAUAGUGAUUUAUUAGUUCCUCGCAGUAUCAGGCACAGAAGGGAGAGUCAUCACUCUUGCAAGUGUCAAAGUUCAAAAGUAGUCAAUAAGAAGUGUCCAGCAGGAGAACCUGGACCACGUGGAGAGCCAGGAAUAAAAGGUUUGAAUGGAGUACCAGGUUUACCAGGAAUCCCUGGGAUUGAUGGUAAUUUCCUGCCAAAUACUUUGUUUUCUAAGGAAAAUUGUAUUAUAUGUGAACGUGGUAAACCUGGUCCACAAGGUCCAGUUGGCUUACGAGGACAACCUGGUUUACCUGGCAAACCAGGAGCAGCAGGAGUACCCGGAGCAAGUGGACCUCCUGGAAUUCCAGGUCCAAGGGGUGAAACUGGACCACAAGGUGCACCAGGUUCGAUUGGUCCUAAAGGUAUCCCAGGACAAGAUGGUGGUCAAGGAAGAGGUCCACCUGGACCAAAAGGGCUUCCUGGACCGGAAGGACCAGCAGGACCAAAAGGACAACCUGGAGCUGAUGGCGUUGUAGGCAUGCCAGGAGAAGUAGGACUGGUAGGUAUGCCGGGACUUCCGGGAUUACCUGGGAAAAACGGCUCGGAUGGACCUGUGGGAGCUGCAGGACCACCCGGUGGUGAUGCAGCUUAUUGUCCUUGCCCUCCUCGCAUUAAUGGAUUUUCUUUAAAUAUAUAG